AUGCAACAACAACCCCACUACACCCACCUGAUCAUCGUCUGCUGCCACGCCAUAUACACCGGCGGGCCUACAAACGGUCUAUCCGAGGAUGAAUGGAUUAUAGAACCCUUCCAAAAGGGCGAAACACCUACGUUCACAAACCACGUCAAGGCCGGAUUGCAGGCUUUGGUUGAUGACCCAGAUGCUUUGUUGGUGUUUUCCGGGGGACCUACGAAGAAAGGACGCACGGAUCUUGCGGAGGGGGUGUCGUAUCUUAACCUCGCCAAAGACAACAACUACUUCGGUUUCGCUCCACAGAUAAACCCUACACGAGUGGUCGCUGAAACCUACGCUACGGAUUCAUACCAGAAUGUCCUGUUCUCCAUGCUCCAGUUCAGACUGCGCACGGGAGUGUAUCCGAAGCGGGUGACUGUUGUGACGCAUGAGUUUAAACGGAGGCGGUUUGUAGAGUAUCAUUUUCCGGCCUUGGGGCUCUCUGAUUCUGCGUCUACGGUCGUUGGGAUUAAUCCGCCGGAGGAGGUGACGCCGUUGGCUUCUUUAUUAGCUGGGGAGGAGAAGAGUGGGAUUGGGUUGUGGAGUAGGGAUAGGUAUGGGGUGCAGAAGGAGUUGGCGGGGAAGAGGGUGAAACGCGGGUGGAGGGCCGGGAUGGAGGAUGGGGUAUUUGUGAAUGUGGGCUUGGAGGCUGUUGUGGAGGAGUUGGUGAGGUGGGAUGGAGGGGAGAUGGGGAAUGAAUGGUUUCCUAAGAUGGAGGAGUUGCCUUGGUGGGGACAGUUGCAAUGA